CCAACAUGUAUCACAGUCCUAUCAUCCUCUUCCUGGUAGCAUCGUGUUGACACAUUACACCUACUUCGGGUGUUAAAAACAAGCGGCAGGAGCGACUGUGUAACAAAUGACACGGCUCUCCUCUGGAAAGCCCUCGACAUCUUUUCUAGAGCAACCGUCAGGAAGCGUUUGACACACGGUUCAAGAACUGUCACGCGACAAUGGAGCGUUCAUGAGGAGGAGCGCGAGGACGCAAUGUUGCACGGAAGUUUGGGGCGAAGAGGCGCGCGACAAGGUGAAUGAACGCCACUGCUAUUCAACUCCGGAGUGUGUUUUUACUUAAAGAAAAUGAGGUUUCGGCUGCUCAAGAGGAAUCUGCUCGCGCUACUCGGCGUUUCCUUCGUAGUUGUGACUCUCUUGUUUUCAACACGCGUGUUAUUAGUUUCUGAUGACGCAAGCGGACCCGGUAACACCGUAAAAGAGAACCCGGGCCUGAGCUCUAGUGACCCGGUAAAGUUUAACUUCAGGUCGCUGUCGGAGCUAACUCAGUCCGUUUACAGUGCCAACUUAAAACAGUCUGUUUACAAUGCAGACAGAUUUCCAGGGGACCCUCGGCUGGUGCUGGUCGUGCAAGUCCACAACAGACCAGAAUACCUCAGACUGCUUAUCAAAUCUUUGGCCAAAGCUGCUGAGGUCCACAGCUUCCUCCUCAUCUUUAGCCAUGACUAUUUUUCAGAGGAAAUCAACACAAUUGUUCAAGGGAUAACUUUCUGCAAGGUACUGCAGAUUUAUUUCCCCUUCAGCACUCAGCUGUAUCCCAGAGAGUUUCCUGGGCAGGAUCCACGAGACUGCCCCCGAGACAUAUCCAAGGACAGGGCUCUGGAAACAGGAUGCCUCAAUGCAGAACACCCCGAUUCCUACGGGCAUUACAGAGAAGCCUUCAUCACUCAAACCAAACACCACUGGUGGUGGAAGCUGCACUUCGUGUGGGAGCGAGUGCAGGCGAUGCAGGGCUACAGUGGCUUUGCAGUAUUUCUAGAGGAAGACAACUACAUCUUACCAGACUUUUUCCAUUUUUAUAAAUCAAUGAUCGAGUUUAGAAAAAACAACUGCCCAGACUGUGACAUGCUGGCUUUGGGUAACCAUAAUGGCCUGGAUGGUUUCACCGCACUAUCCAACAAGGUGUUGACCACAGGCUGGAUGUCCACGAAACACAACAUAGGCAUGGCCAUCUCCAGGGAGGUGUACUACAAGCUGAUGGGGUGCAGCAAUGAAUUCUGCACGUACGACGACUACAACUGGGACUGGACUUUGCAGCACAUCUCUGGAACCUGCAUAUCGAAGCCCCUCAAAGUGGCGGCAGCACUGGGCUCCAGGGUUCUUCACACAGGAGACUGUGGACUUCACCAGAAGGAGAACUGCAGACCAGAGUGGGCCGCGCAGAAGGUUGACGAAGGACUUCAGAAAGCUAAGGCCGGCCUCUUUCCUCCAUCUCUUGUCCUCGAUGGUGCAGAACCGGUGGCGCACAAAGCGCACAUGAAGAACGGAGGAUGGGGAGACAUUCGCGAUCACAUUCUAUGUAAUAACUACGCCAAACGACUCUGAACUGCGACUUUUUAACAUUCUACAGGUGUGCCAUCUGAAAAUGACUUUUUCAGGCUUUUUAGGGCCUGCAUUGGGUUGUCUUCACUUUCAGUGUUUUGUUUUUGUUUGUUUUCUUUUUAAAUGACCACCCCCAAAAAUUGGACCAAAUCGCAUCUAAACAUACUGCAUUGUUCAGCACAGUAAAGACAUUUUUUUUCUUAAAUUACCAAAGAUGUAUGGGUGCCAACACCUUUUGUUGAAAUUUGUUCUGUAUACUGCCUGCAAGCUCAGUUCAACUGAAUGUCAGCAGCUCUCUGGGUAUCCUACAAGCCACAAAAUUAGACUAUAUAUAUAUAUAUAUAUAUAUAUAUAUAUAUAUUGCACUUUGUUGUA